CCUGCCCCACAAUCUGAAUCAAAGAGGAUGGGUAAAGGAGAGGUUCGGGACGAAACCAGAGUGGAUCUGCGGCAAAGCGGAGCCUCCGGAGGUAGGGCGGCUUGUGCUGUGCCGUCAUUUCGGAUUCCCGACCGAAGAAAGAAGGUUUCAGUUUCAUUCAACCAACUAUCUUUUUGAAGCAGAUAGUUCACAGUGCUUUUAUUCAUUCUAUAGAGACUGUCAAAGCCAACUCAUGUUUUCACUCCAUUUUCAUUACGAAGAUGUAUCACGUCAAGAUCCGUUGCUCAAACCGAAUCACGCCAACGUUAUGGAAGUUCCUGGAUCGUGUGAAAUAAGAGUAGUACCAAAGGCACCCUAUAAUUUCAUAAUUAAAAAUGGAAAAUUGGCUAUGGAGAUUCCGCGCGGUCAGAAAAAAAUACAGACACAAAGGGGUUCGACAGGAAAGUCGUUUCGAUCCAAUCUAUUCUUGGGGUCAAAUAAAGACAAAGGAUAUGUCAGUGACCUGGCACGCCAAAGCACUCUCCGAGGGCAUGGAAUGUCUAAUUUUUCGGUCAGAAUCGCGAUAGUAAUGUCUCUGUUAGAUUCUCCGGUCGAAAUACGGGAAAACUCCAUUCAAUUCUCGAUGGAAACGGAGUUUUGCGAAUUCUCCCCAGAACUGGAAGAUCAUUUCGAGGUCUUCGAACAUAUUCGAGGGUUCAAUGUGACUAUUGUCACUUCGGCCAACACACAAGAUGAGACUUUACCACCGUGGAGCGGCUUUUUGCAGGGGGAAGGACUCAGCUCUUUGAAAGCUUUCACCUCGACUAGAAGAUAGAAGAAAGAAGCCUAGAAGCAAGCACAGGCCUUACCUUCCGCCUUGUCCUUAGAUAGAAGAAGAACAGGAGAAAGAAGAAUGGAAAUAACCGUAGUUAUUUCCGCUCUUGUCGGAAUUGCUACUAGAAAGGAGUUAUCACCGGGAAAUCUCUUUAGACUUUAGAAAAGAAAAGUCCUAAGCAGCAAGGUCAGUCAAUUCUUUCUUUUAGGAAGGCUCCCACGUGCCAUUGAUUUAGCUGAAUUAGCUCUUGCCGUAAGCGCUCUUGCACGAGUACUGUAUCACUACAGUAAGAGGAAGUACGAGCAGAAAUCAGUAGUAACUCUUCGCCUUUCAAGAUAUUGCGUUUAAUAGAUAGAGAGAGAGCCAGUCUCUUUUCUUUAGCGACCGAGAAUGUUAUGUCAAAAGGACCAACGACGAUGAAGGAUACGAA